AUGACGCAUUUCGGGUUUGAGAAUAUUCCAGAAGCGGAGAAGGAGUCGAGAGUUGGCGCCGUAUUCAGUUCCGUUGCAAGCUCGUACGAUACCAUGAACGAUCUCAUGUCACUGGGUAUCCACCGUCUGUGGAAAGAUCAUUUCGUGCGAUCUUUGAACCCCGGUUCGCCCAAAGUCUCAUCAACACAGUCCGAGAACGAUGGCCAAAAAGGGUGGAAUAUUCUCGAUAUCGCCGGCGGCUCAGGCGACAUUGCCUUUCGCAUGCUGGAUCACGCAACAAACAUCAACAACGAUAGAGACACUCGCGUCACAGUCUCUGACAUUAACCCAGACAUGUUAGCCGAAGGACGCAAACGAAGUCUGGAUACGCCAUACUACAAUACGAAACGAUUAUCAUUCAUGGUCGCGAACGCAGAACAUAUGCCCCAAAUCCCCUCCAACUCAAUCGAUCUCUACACCGUAUCCUUCGGUAUUCGAAACUUCACCGACAAACAGGCCGCUCUUAACGAAGCCUUCCGCGUUCUCAAACCUGGCGGCGUCUUUGCAUGCAUGGAAUUCAGCAAAGUGCAGGACUUUUCUCUUUUUAACGAAGUCUACAAACGAUGGAGUUUCAGCGCCAUCCCGCUUAUUGGGCAGCUUGUGGCGGGGGACAGGGCGAGUUAUCAGUAUCUGGUCGAGAGUAUUGAGAAGUUUCCGAGCCAGGAGGAGUUCAGGGUCAUGAUUGCCAAGGCUGGGUUUGUGAUCCCGGGCCGGGGGUACGAGAAUCUGUCGUUUGGGAUUGCGGCGAUCCAUAAGGGGGUGAAGCCUCUACAAUAA